UCCCCAUUUCUCACCAGUAGCUCAUCUUGCUUCCCUCUCUCUCUCUCGCGCGCGCUCUCUCUCUCUCUCUCUCUCUCUCUCUCUCUCUCUCUCUCUCUCUCCCUCCUCUCUCUCUCUCUGAGUGUUGAAUGGAUGCCGCAUCGCCAAUGGCUUCCGAGGAACCCACAAGAGGAGAAAUCGACAGAAACAUUUCUCUGGCCGAGAACCCGAGACAGAGGGGAAGGAAAAAGCUCAAACAGAACGAGAAGAAGCAGAAGCAGCCGAUGAGAGGCAUGGGCGUGGCCCAGCUCGAGCGCCUCAGGGUCACCGGCCAGAAAUCCCCACCUGUUCAGCCUCCCGUUCUCCUCCCCUCCCACCACUUCUUCCUCCCCGCUCAGUACCCGGACCCGGCAGGUGGGUACGGGCAGCUGGGCCUGAACCAGGCCUUGUUCCUUCAGAGCCUUGGGUACGGCGGGCUGGGGGGAAGUGAUCGUGGGCUGGGUUCUGAUCAGGUUCGGGUGGGGUUCGGAGGGAUGGGUGUGGGUUUAAGGGGCGGGAGCUAUUUGGGUGAGAACUCGAAGGAGCUCUCUUCAAUCCCAAACCCGGUUCGUUACCCGGCUGAUCAAUGUGGUCUCUGCCACAAGCCCCAGAAGAAACGGGUGUUCAAUGGUGGAAGUUUGGGGUGUAAUAAUAAUGGAUUAAUGAGGGAGAAAUAUGCUGAUGACACAUCUGAUCUGAUGAUCAAUGGCUUUAGUUUCAAUGUCGGAAACAAGCAACACAUCCAUGGCAUCAAUGUUGAUAAGGGAGUAGAAGUUGUUGGUAUCCACAGGAAGGGAAGCUCAGGGGCAUUCAUGGAAUAUGACUUCUUCCCCCCAGGGAAAGGGGGCAGAGGCUCUUCUACCAAUGAGUUGGACUUGAGCUUAUUCUCAGAAGCUUCAGUGGCAGUACUGGGUGGUGGUUCAGUGGCAGUACUGGGCGGUGGUGGUGGUGGAGGAGGAGGAGGAUCUUGUGUCACUACUACCACUACUGCAUCUGCUUCCACUGCAGGUUUUGAUGCCUCCUCCACUUCCAUUGAUUUGUCUCUCAAGCUUUCUUGUUAGCAGGGCAGAAGAAUGGUGGGUUUUUUGUGUCUCUGUUUCUUUUGUUUUGGUCUCUUUCACGUUUGUGUGCAAUGGCAUGUGAUCCAAGAAGGAAACACAGCUUUUUUAUUUCCAUUUUGCUGCCAAAACUGUUGUCUUACUCCAGAAUAGAACAAUGUUACAUGGUUUGAUUCUUGGCAUCU